CGCAUACAGUCGGGCUCCUCGGCAAGCCAACGUCAUAUAAUAAAAGAGACAAAUCGUCAGUUGGCAGGCCAGUCCGAUUGUCUCCUCACUUUCAAUUAACGCCUCUUGGAGUAUUUCACCAUGUCAGUCAGCCCGCUCGAUUCUCGCAUUUUUCGCAACCUCUUUGGCACAGAAGAUAUCCGCGGCAUCUUCUCGGAUGAAGCAUACAUAAAAUGCCUUAUUGAAGUUGAAAUCGGGCUGGCGCAAGCCGAGUCCAAAGUGGGUGUAAUUCCGCAGGAAGCCGCGGAUGCCAUUGCGCAUACCGCAAAGUACGAGAACCUCAAUCUUGAUCGCAUGGCUGCUGACACAGAGAACGUCGGUUAUCCUGUGUUGCCAUUGGUAUGGCAAUUGUCCGAGAUGGUGGAUCCGGAACAGGCAAAGUACAUUCACUGGGGCGCCACCACUCAAGACAUCAUGGACUGCGCUUCGAUGCUACAGAUUCGCAGAGGACUGGUUGUUCUCCGCAACAGACUCGCCGAACUCAAUGACUCCCUAACUCAGUUGUCCGACAGAUAUGCCAACACACCAAUGGCAGGCAGAACUCAUCUCCAACACGCCCUUCCAGUCACCUUUGGAUACAAAUGUGCUAUUUACUUAUCCGGUAUCCAACGUCACUUGCAGCGUCUGAACGAAAUUGAAAGUCGAUGUCUCCUCGUCCAAUUCGGAGGUGCAGCAGGAACAUUGGCCUCGCUUGGCUCCGACGACACUGGCAUCAAAGUCCGCAAGCAGCUUGCCAUCGAACUCGGCUUAAAAGAUCCCUCUAUUACCUGGCAUGUGGCUCGUGAUCACGUCGCAGAAAUCGUCAGCUUUCUCGCUCUAAUCGGAGGAUCACUUGGAAAGAUUGCUCUGGAUGUUAUCAUCAUGUCAUCAAACGAAGUUGGUGAAGUCGCCGAACCCUUUGUGCUUCACCGAGGAGCCUCCUCCACCAUGCCCCAGAAACGAAACCCCAUCUCGAGCGAAGUCAUUCUUGCCGCAUCAAAGCUCCUCCGCUCCCAUGCAUCCCUAGCCAUGGAUUCCAUGGUAUCCGACUUUGAACGAGCGUCGGGCCCUUGGCACCUCGAGUGGAGCUGCAUUCCAGAGUCAUUUGUAGUAUGCUGCGGUGCGCUUCACCAAGCCAACUUUGUCAUGAGCGGCCUUGUCGUGAAUACAGACGCAAUGAGCAACAAUCUCAACAUGACCCGCGGUCUUAUCGUCGCUGAGGCUGUCAUGAUGGGAAUCGCGCCGGAAUUAGGCCGUCAAAAGGCUCAUGAUGUGGUUUAUGAAGCCUGCAAAAAGUCUAUUGAGACCAACCAGCCAUUAGUAGAUGUUCUGCUCCAGGACGAGCAAGUUACGGGUCAAACCAGUACCGAGAAACUGAGGUCACUUUGUGAUCCAUGCCAGUAUUUGGGUUGUUCUGCACAAAUGAUCAAGGAUGUGGUGGGCCGUACAUAG